AUGGGGCUGAGCACGUACCCCUGCUGCGUCGAGGUGUCCCGGAGACCGCUGGGUCCCUGCCCCAUCCAACCCAUCCCUGCUGUGGUGCAGAGCCCGCAGGAGUGCGAGGGGCUGCGCAAAGUGCAUACGGCGCCUUCCCGGCGCAGGGCGGAAACCCCCGGCAACUUCCAGGCGAUGUCAGGAAUUGACCUGGGGGGGGUAUUUACAGUUGUGCUCAUCGGGGACUCUGGGGUGGGGAAGAGCAACCUGCUCUCACGCUUCACCCGCAAUGAGUUCAACCUGGAGAGCAAGAGCACCAUCGGGGUGGAGUUUGCCACAAGGAGCAUCCAGGUGGACAACAAGACCGUGAAGGCUCAGAUCUGGGACACGGCCGGGCAGGAGCGGUACCGGGCCAUCACCUCAGCGUACUACCGGGGGGCGGUGGGAGCACUGCUCGUCUACGACAUCGCCAAGUACCUGACGUACGAGAACGCCGAGCGCUGGCUGAAGGAGCUGCAGGACCACGCUGAUGCCAACAUUGUCAUCAUGCUGGUGGGCAACAAGAGCGACCUGCGGCACCUGCGGGCCGUGCCCACCGAUGAGGCCAGGAGCUUUGCAGAGAAGAACGGGCUGUCCUUCCUUGAGACGUCUGCUCUGGAUUCCACCAACGUGGAGACGGCUUUCCACAACAUCCUCUCGGAGAUCUACCGCAUCGUGUCACAGAGGCAGAUCACUGGGCAGCCGGACUCAGAGUUUGGCCCCACCACGACCAUCGAGCCCAUCCGGGUGCUGCCCACGCAGCAGGAGGGCAGGCAGGCACCCUGCUGCCAGAACAUCUGA